CAAACCCAAAAGUCUCCCUCGGACACUCCCCAAAAGUUAGCGCAAUUCAUUCUUGGUCCCCAAUGAAUGGUUUCGUUUCUAAUCCCAACUGCCAAGCAGAGCUUCCCACCAAACUUCUCCAACUGCAUUUCAAAUUUCCUCUCAAAGAAGCACCAAUGCCUCUUUCUCCUCAAGCUUUGCUUCUCAUUCAAGCACAUGUCGCAAAUUCACGCCCAGAUCCAUGUCUCUGGUCUCCACGAAGAUGCGUUUCUCCAGAGUGAACUGGUUCGACUUUGCACCUUGUCUGCCGAAAAGUACUUGUCUUUUGCCCGAUCCCUUCUGUAUCGCUCCGUAAAUACAGUGCCCGCUUCGUGGAACAUGCUUAUUAGAGGGUAUAUGAGUGAUUCAACGAAAGAUGCCAUGUGGGUUUUUGUUGAAAUGCGUAGGAGAGGAAUUAGACCCAAUAAGCUCACCUUCCCGUUCCUUAUCAAGGCGUGUGCUGUGUUAUCUGCGUUGGAAGAAGGCAGGCAAGUCCAUGUGGAUGUGGUGAAGCAUGGCUUGGAUUCUGAUGUUUAUGUUCAAAACAAUCUGGUUAAUUUUUAUGGUUCUUGUAAGAAGAUAGUUAAUGCGUGUCAUUUGUUUGAUGAAAUGUCUGACAGAACUGUGGUUUCAUGGAAUGCGGUGAUAACUGCUUGUGUUGAGAAUUUUUUGGUUGAUAAUGCGAUUGAGUAUUUUGUUAAAAUGAGGGAUUGUGGGUUUGAACCAGAUGAGACCACAAUGGUGGUUGUGCUUUCUGGUUGCUCCGACCUUGGUAACUUGAGCUUAGGUAAGUGGAUUCAUUCCCAAGUUAUUGAGAGAGGGUUGGUUUUGAAUUGCCAAUUGGGUACUGCCCUUGUUGAGAUGUAUACAAAGUGUGGAAACAUUGGUUAUGGGAAGAUAGUUUUUAAUAGAAUGGCUGAGAGAAAUGUGUGGACGUGGAGUGCAAUGAUUUUGGGACUAGCCCAACAUGGGUUUGCUCAUGAAGCCCUUAACCUUUUCCAUACUAUGAUGAAAAGUUCUUGCAUAUGCCCUAAUGAUGUCACCUUUCUUGGGGUUCUCUGUGCUUGUACUCAUGCUGGAUUGGUGGAAGAUGGGUAUAGGUACUUUCAUGAGAUGGAAUACGUGCAUGGCAUUAAGCCAAUGAUGAUACAUUAUGGUGCCAUGGUGGAUAUCUUGGGUCGUGCUGGCUGUCUAAGAGAGGCUUACAACUUCAUCUUGGACAUGCCUUUGAAGCCUGACCCAGUUGUGUGGAGGACCUUGCUCAGUGCUUUCAGCGUCCAUGAUGUUGACAAUGAUGGUUUGGCGGAUGAAGUAAGGAAGAGAUUGCUUGAACUAGAGCCAAAGAGGACUGGGAAUCUUGUGAUCGUUGCAAAUAUAUAUGCUGAGGGUGGAAUGUGGGAGAAGGCAGCAAAGGUGAGGAAAACUAUGAAACAUGGACGGUUGAAGAAGAUGGCUGGGGAGAGCUGUGUUGAGUUAGGUGGCUCCAUUUAUAGAUUCUUCUCUGGCUAUGAUUCUAGACACGAGUAUGAUGGGGUUUACCAGUUACUGGAAGGAUUGAACUUGCACAUGAAGAUGGCUAGCAACUUGUAGUCAAAGUUUCAGCACAAGCACCGACUUAUAUUAACCUGUUACCUUCUUUUUCAUUAGUUUAGAAUCUUUCAAGUGUCCAAUUAUUGUUUUUCCAUUCAAUCUCUUAUUAAUUUAUACCAAGCUUGGU